AUGGAUCAAUUAAACUUGGAACAAUUAAACUUGAAAACCUGGCUUAAACAAAGUCUGAUAACAGCAAAAUAUCAAUAUAUUGAUCGAGUUUUGAGAGACGUUGAGGAAACAAGACUGCUUUAUAAAACCCUUAUCCCAAAAUUUGAAGCAUACAUAUGUCUACACGGCACGAUACCGAUAACGUAUCGUUCGAACCCAUAUUACAUCCAGGUAGCAUUCUGGAUUCCAACAGAGUAUCCACAUAGUCCACCGAUUGUGUUUGUAGUUCCGACGUCAAAUAUGUUAAUUAAGAAGGGGAUACAUGUUGACCCGAAUGGUAGAUGUAAUCAUCCUUAUUUGGAAUUUUGGCAGUCAAGGAGUGAGGAAUCAACAAUUUCAAAGCUUUGCACUAUUCUUCAAAGCAUUUUUAGUCAAAAUCCACCAUUAUAUACCAAACCAAAUAUCAAUAAUAAUCCUUCAGUGAGAUCAUCACAACCGCUAUCGCCACCAGAACGACCUAUCCAAAGUCAUAUAGUUCCCCCUUCCGCUCAUAAUCCAUUUCCAUCGAGAUCGCCAACACCUCCACCUUUACCGCCUCCACCUCCAUACCAAUCUAUCAAUCAAAAUGUAGAGAUAAACAGACCUAUAAGUCAAAGUGGAACUACAAAUUCGCCUAUAAACACAAGUUUUUCUAUGCCACCUCAAUCGCUAUUACGUGGAAGCGUCGUCGUACCUUUACAAUCUUCACCACCAUCACAUCAAAUUCCUAGUAUAUUAGAUACACCACCACCACCGAUUAACUCACAGCCUCCAGCACGAGUAAUCAAUAAUCAGAGUCCCGAAAUAGUGAAACUUCAAGUUGAUAUAUACGAGAAAAUUGAACGUGAUUGGAGUUAUUACCACGAGAAUGCUACACUUGAAAUAAAUAAGAUGAUGAGUCUCUCGGAACAACUAAAUAAUAGCGAGAAGCAAAUCGAGAAAGAAAAGAAACAAUUAAUCGAGUUGCAAAAUCAAUUACAAGAAAAGAUUGAUUAUAUAAAAGCAAAGAGUUCGGAGGUUGAUCGAUUAAUCGAGCAAGCUUCUAAUAUACCUGAGAUAUCGGUUGAUGAUGUGUUAUGUGGAACCACGAUUGUAUAUAAUCAGUUGAGUAAUUGA